AAGUCGAUAUGCCUUCGAUCUCGACGAUCAAACAGCUAAUCGCCAAUCGCUUCAGUCUCGUAAACGAUUUCUCGAGGCUACAGCCAAAAACUCCAUUGUCAUCGCUACUAGUGAAUUUAACGGAAUGAAAUUUAGGGAGAAAAGUUUGAACAAGUUCCUUCGAUAUCAGUAUCCUAAUAGACUCGGUCUUCGUACCAGAAACAUUGGUCAAAAGCAGCACUUUGUCGAAAUUAACUUUCGAACCACUAAAGAACGUGAAGAGGCCCUGAACAAAGAGUUCGUCCUAUAUGACCGACGUAUUCAAGUGAACCACACUUUCGAGAAAGACUCUACUAUUGUCAGAAUGGGCAUUUCCAACAUCCCUUUCGAGGAUCAGGUUUUUUUUUUGAAGCCUAAUUGGAAAUCGGUCUCAGCCAUACCACAGAUGGUUAUUGGUUUGCAGGAAAAGGAUUUGUUACUUUG